UUGUGACAAGACACCCAACGCACUUCAGAAACUGGCUGCCCGAGCACACGACGGCGUGUGAUCACUCAGCGCUGAUCUGACCGUUGCAAGUACACGAAACACUGACAUUUUCAUGCAGAAGGGGUCGUUUUUCUCUUGCAUCACAGUCUCAACUGCAGGAAAAAUAAGACGCAGAUGAAAUAGUAAUCGGUGAUAGUUCGAGCACAUUUUCCAUUGGAUGAGUUUCGUAUGGACACUGGACGAUUUCGAGGCUUUUUGCGGUGGUAGCUUACGGUCUGUACCGAUUCGAAAAUGUGAAGUACGAAGGAAUUGUAUCCCUCCUGGGGCUACUCCUUUGUUCUAUCACUCUUGACGUGUAACGUUGAGGUACCAGACUGAAUGCAACCGCCGUAGCUGUUCUUUGGAGCAGCAUUUGAGCUCGGGUCAGCAAAGUCCUCAUCAAGAUGGGCGCUCAACUGUCGGACUGUCCAGCUCCGCCCCUCAAUCUUACCGGCGAGGAGGAGUUCCUCGAAACGUGGGCUCGGGACAGGCUCUCCGUUGUCACGGUGACCGUCAUCAUGCCCAUCUUGUUCUUCGUGGGCUUGGCGGGCAAUCUGGCCUUUCUCUUCGUCAUGGCGCGGGUGUCGUGGAUGCACACCGUGACGAAUUACUACCUGGCCAACCUGGCGGUGGCCGACAUCUCCUUCCUGGUGACGGCCGUAGGGGAGAAAGUGUGGGAGUACCGAUCGACCCCGGUCAACAUCGACACGGCGGGCUUCAUGGGCCGCCCGGGCUGCAUUCUUUUCAACCUUCUCAAGAGCCUAAGUCUCUUCGCCUCCAUUUUCCUGGUCACCCUGGUGUCGCUGGAGCGCUUCUACGCCAUCUGCAAGCCCGUCCAACACUGGAUGCUGAGCGACAAGGGCCGGACGGCCAAGCUACUCCUGGUGACUUGGUCCCUGGCCUUGGUCUUCUCCUGCAUGCUCGUGCCAGCCAACUCGGAGAUCGCGGCGGCCUGUUUCAACUGGCCGGACACUGACGAGUUUCGCGGCUUCCCUAGCGUCAUCGCCAAUUGUCACCCGGUUGCGGGGUGGAUGCUCCACUUUAAGCUGGCCAUGCAAGCCGUGCCCUUCACGCUGGCCAUGGUGGGGAACAUAUCUCUCUACAUUAUGAUCAUCAAGAACUUAAACCAACGGGUUGCCGCCAAGGAAAAGAAACAGGCCACCCGCCAGGGCUCUGCCUCGGCGGCCGCUGGCCAGUCCAAUGUGUCCCAGAGCCACCAGAUCCGCAACACGGUCGCCCGCAUGCUGAUAGUCAACGGCACGCUGUUUUUCAUCUGCCUGUCCCCGUUCCAGUUCACUUCCGUCGGGUUCCUGAUUGCCAAAGGGCUGUGGCAGCCCCCGAUCUUGGAAAACUACAAGAAGGACAUCAUGCUAACAAUCUUCCGGACACUCACCUACUUCAACUCCGUGAUCAACCCCUUCGUGUACACGGUCACCAACAAGAGGUAUCGUCACGCCUUCUACGUGGCCUUCACGUUCAGUCGGACGGAGCAGCGUCAGCGGUACUCCAAGAACACGUCGGUGGUCACCACGGACAUGUCCACCCGCAUGUGAAGGAACCAGGCCUUGAUGAAUGGCUGGGGCCUGCAAGAACUGGCGGGAGAUCAUGUGGCGUCCAAAAUAGAACACAAAUCGACAGAGACAUGGUGGAGAUUUUUCCCUUUUCACUUUGUCUUGUAGAGCUGCCGAUCUGAUCUGCCCCUCGGGAGGAGGUACGGUACCUUUCUCGCGCGGAGCCCACGCCCAUCAACACCUCACGGUACAGUCACCCAAAGACAGAGAGAGAGAGACAGAGAGAUACAGAGUGAGCGAAGAAGAAGAACAAGACGAAGAAGAAGAAGAUGUGAAAAUGAAACCCGCUCGAUAUGUUUUGCCUCUGGAUUCACUAUGGAAACGAGAGGUAGGGAUCAACAAAAUGGCGUCCAGCUUGCAAGCAUCUGGAACGGCUCGUGUUGCAUGCAUGCAUGCAGAUGUAUCGCCUGACUCCAACUGCAGUCAAGCCGACGGGAGGUCAAUCUCGUAAGUGCUACUACGAGAUAGAGUUACCCGUUACUCAGCUUUCCUUAAAACUGGGCUGAGUACCAUGAGCGAACCACGAAAGAUUGGCAUUUGGAAAUGGAGGGAGAUUUUGGUCAUUUUUGAAUGAAAAACACCCCCUCCUCUAAAAACGAUAUACGCAAAAAGCCCACCAUUUCUAAAGAUUAUUUGAGGAAUCCACGCAGAAAAGACAAAACCGACAUCAUGAUAAGUUUAAUCGGGAAUUGAAAUUUUGAUUAGGUUGAGUAGUUGUAAGAUGCAUAGUGUGUAUGAACAUGUAUUUUGUUACAAGGAGUCCGCACUGGCAACGUGUUAUCAUAACCCCGUCACGAUCUGUAUACCAAUGACUACGAACCUUAAAUAAUGCACCAAGGUCAUUUUUUUUGCUGUAAUGUAAGACUCGCUCACGCUGUCUGUGUAAUAAAAGGUAUACACUGUAACCAUCGUGGACAAUUCUCUGGUCACAGUUUCUGGCGACAGCGGGCAAUAUGGGAUGGUAACAGGAAUACAUUAUUAUCGGAGAGAUAUUUCUGUAUAUAAUUACCAUGUUUUACUGAGCAUUUGUGUUCCACAAGUCCCUCUGCAGUUUAUGCAGCUAUUCUUAUCAUUAUUGUAAGGGUAUUUUUAAUUUCUUAUGGCCCUUUUUUUAUUAUUUCCACUGGUUCACGUCGAUUGGUACUCCGUAUAUUUCAGUGCUGUAUAUGUUUGCACUAUUUUGCUCGUUCUGCUGAUACGCCGCUACUGUGCGAUGCUGUAAAAAAAGAAAAGAAAAAAAAAAGACAGCGCUUGGUUUCAUUUUUCGUGACGUGUUCACCCGAGACAAAUGGUCCCUAGGUGUCGCGGCGUUACCCCAACGAAGCUGGACUGGAGCGCACCAGGUACUUGUUAAACCGCUCCACAGCGUUCCAUCAAUUCUUCUCGGUUGCAUCCUCACAGAAUAACAUACCACUCUAGGUAUGAUCCGACGACCCUGAAACAUAAAAGUAGCCCCGUUCUUUAGGAUGAGGUUACUGUGAUAAAAGAACUCUUGUCUUGGGACGAACCGGUCCUGGUUCGAUUUCUAUCGGAGCUGUCACUUCCUCACUGAAGCGCGACUGAAAUUAAUCGCGUGUUCAUCUUGGUGCCCUUUCGUUUGUGCUGAAGAGUCUCUUGUAUUGUUACGCGUGAUUCCUUGCAUUGCCUCAAUCUAUUUGGUCACAGAACGCAAAUCUUUCCGCAAAAUCAAUUCGGUAAACCGAAAUUAUUGUGUAGCACUAUUUUGUUCCACGCUCGAACGGUUCAUUUUCCCGCGACAACGUGACUGUCAUAUAACAGAAAAUCACCCCCUUGAUAGUUACCUGAAGACUUCAAAGAGACUCCUGAACUUACACGAAUUUAAAAAUAGCAGCCACGUGGAAAGUUUUAUCACCUAUUACAGAAUGGACUAGUCGAAUUCGUAUAAAAUGACUUUUGCAGUAAUAUAGAUAGAGCCGAUGUCAGUGCGUGACGGCAUCGAAGCUAAAUGAAACAUGUUUUUGGAUGAAUGAUUUCUGACAUCGUUGUAGUGGUUAAUGGCUUUUCCGUUUUUUUCCUCCUGCGGUCCCCGGGGCCUGCAUUAAGCCGUAUACACCGAGGACCUUAACAUCUUAAGUACCCAUAGAAAAGAAGCAAAUUGAAUGUCACAACGUGAACAGCGGUAAGGGUUUGUGCAAAUGCUUUGGCUUAUAUAAAAGAAUUGGGCGUAUGUGAAAUGAUUUAAAUGUGCCUGGCCUGAAAAGAAUGACUUUUAAAUUGCCCGCCCUACUCCCAAGGGGGUCGCGACCUGGUUUGGUGGAAUCAACUCGUUCUUUUUGCUUUACCGUUUUGAAGAACUGCAGCUUCGGUGCCGCCUAACGACCGCUGUCUUUAGGACAGAACGUCCGUUGAAAUGCCAAAUUAAUUACACGGCUAGAAUUGUUCAAAACGAAUGAACGGGAAACUCGCAAUGCAUCAUUCAAGGUGAAGAAGAAACGAGACCGGGAACAAAACUCCGAACGGUACGGGUUUAAGUGUUGACACAACUCGUUGGCAACGAUGUUUUGGUAGCUACGUACAUACGGGCAUAUAUGCACAGGUCCAUGGGCAAAUAAAAUCGUGCACGAGGCGAGAGUUGAAACCCGCCCGAAUGAAAGUGAAGGGCAAUAGCCGAUGUCCUCUCAAAACAGAGUCCGACCGAUCCGGAAGCUACAUUAGAGCCGGGCUCGGUAGGACAAUAUACCUGUCUUUGUGAACCCCUUACUGAUGAGAAUUGCCCUCGAAACGGUUUGUUUUCUGGUCCUAACAUUUUCUAAGGGCUCUCAUACAUGCACUUAGUAAUAUCAAACAAUGACAGUAGUUUUAACAUUUUAUAAGGCCCUGUUAUCCGCCGAGCAAAGACGCUCAUAGCGCAGUGUAGACAUUGAAAGUUCUUACUUUACAAGGGGGAAUUUAUGGCGCCACGCGCUUGACUCACUCCAUGAUCGAUGACGAACAUUUUUAUUCUAGAGGGAGAGGUAGGUUUUUCUUAUUGACACGCUACGAAGUGACAACCCUAUGCUCAUCCCUGUUAGUGCCUGUCUGUGAAAAAAGGUAUGGCACUCUCGCAUCAAAAUGGGUCCAUGCGAUUCGCCGGUUCUCCAACAGAGAUUCUCUAAUUGAAGCUAGCCUACGGCUCCCAUAAUCAACACUAGCGUAAUUUCAGCCAAUCAGAAGCCUCCUUUGGUAUUUAAUAAUCUUUCUUGCAAAUGGCGCCAAAACGGACUAGCACCAAAAUGCGAAACACACGUGGGUUUUAUGGUUAAACAUGUAGAGGUUUAUGAAAAUGUUCCCGCGAAUUGCAAUUUGCGUUUUCUUUUAAGUUUUGACUUCUUAAACAGACACGACGACUUGGCCAAUGACGAUUAUAGACCUGACUGUCACUAACCAUGGACUUUAUUUCUGAGAAUAUUUUAAUUCAAAUAAGUCAACAUUAAAUAAUAAAAUGCUGUAUUCAAAAUAUUUUUUCCCCUGUAAGUUACAGUUUUUCUGAAGACCAAUAUUUGCAAUGGGUGUUUAGCUCGCGGCUGAAAGAAUCUAUUAAUACGUUUGCUCGGAACAUCUUCGAAAUGUUCUUCCCAGGAAUACCACAUACCGAAGGGAAAAAACCACACGCUUAAACAUGAGCUUAAAUCUGCUUCAAGUUGAUUCGCCGCUCAAUAAAACCCCCCAUCAUUAGGUCUCACUCGCUCCCAUCAUUGCCGUAGGCCGGGUUUUUCUUGGGAAAGACACUACCACAAAAAAGGAGAAUAAAAAAGAUCCUGGAGGACUUCUCUAGGCACACAUCUUGGCUUGCUUGGAAUAGGAAAGGAGCGUGCGCGGUAAGCCUCAUAUUGGUUUGUCCUGAUCGAUCCGUGUCUUCAACUUGCACAAUUAACACCAGGUGCAGACUGUAUCCCUGGAUUUGAGCUGGCUGUACCGCCGAGAGCUGCUUGCGGUUCACCGUGCCAUCCACACCUGCCUUCCCCUCUAUUAUACUCCGGCAAACCCUUCGGUCCCUCGGGAGCUGGAGACACCACUGACCGGAUCAUUCGGCUUUUAAUAUUGCCCGUCCAAGUGUAUUUUCGUUGUGAUUUUUGUGCAAGGAUUUCAUAGGAUUGGAUAAACUCUUUUUUAAAUGUCAGUCUUGAGUUUCACGAUCAAGAUGCUUGCAGUGUGUGUCAUUUUGCAACGACUUUACUUUUCUUGAGCGUUGCGAUGUUUGGGCAAGGGUCGCUAGCCCUUCUCUGGAAACCAGGCAAAAGGGGGAUGCGAAAGAAAUUAUAAAAAUAAAAUAAUGGAUUAUUUUAUAAU